UUCAGCGUUGUGCGGCUGUGCGCUCUCACUGCGUAAAAGUCUUCGGACCGUCUGUUACCACGAGCUGUCGACUUCAAAUGGAUUAUGAAACUAAGGUUUUCCCUCACACCGGCGGCUAUGGGCGCUAUAACCGAAUCGUGGUCGUGUUCAGCUGGUUCCCCAGUUUCGCCGUCACGCUCAAUCUGUUCAGCGACGUGUUUUACACACUCAUCCCGGACUCGUACCACUGCAAGCCAGACCCGACGCUGCUGCCCUCCGCGUUCCUCCUCAGCAACUUCUCCACACAAGGGUACCUCAACCUCACCAUCCCCUGGGUGAACGGCUCCGGUCGGAGCCACUGUGAACUUUAUAAGUACCCCCCCAACUCCUCGGACCUUUCCGAAAACGCGCCCAGAGAGAGGGUGCCCUGCACCACAGGGUGGGAAUACUCUCGUGUAGCGGGCCUCCAGAGCAACUUUGUCACUGAGUGGAACCUGGUCUGCAGUGACUACUGGAAAAUCCCCGUGCAGCAUAUCUGCUUCAUGACUGGAUGGAUUCUGGGAUACAUAUUUCUAGGCACCCUGUGUGACUGGUUGGGUCGUCGGCGAGGUUUCCUCCUGUCCGUUAGUCUGUCCAGUCUGUUGGGUGUAGCUCUGUGUUUGUCCAGGAGUGUGGUGGUGUUUCUGCUGUUGCGUCUGUCUCAAGGCGCCUCACUCGCUGGGCUGUUUGUGUCCUCCUACAUCGCCCGGUUGGAGCUGUGCGACCCUCCCCAUCGUCUGAUGGUUGCUAUGGUCAGUGGUUUCUUCGGCGUGCUGGCAGAACUGCUGUUGCCAGGCAUUGCGGUUCUGUCCCACGAUUGGCCCGUCCUCCAGGCGGUGGCCACUUUGCCUUUAGUCCUUCUGCUGUCCUAUUGGUGCUGUGCGUCGGUAUUUCCAGAGUCUCCUCGCUGGCUGCUGGCCACAGUUCAGAUUCCUCAAGCGAAGAGGAGCCUUCAGGAAUUCUCUAAAAGAAAUGGUGUUUUUCUACAAGACGACCUCUACCCUGGCGAAACCCUGCUGUCAGAGAUUGAUUCAGUGUACGGCGAGGACAGUCAGCCACGAUACCACUCUGCUCUGGAGCUGCGUCGGACUCGCGUCAUCUGGAAGAACGGCCUCAUACUCGGCUUCACCUUAUUCAUUGGAACAGGCAUCCAGUACUGCUUCACCAAAAACCUGCACACUUUUUCCAACAAGUUCUACUUCAGCUACUUCCUCCGGGUGGUAACUGGAGCACUCGCCUGCAUCUUCCUGUGUUUGUCCAUCAAUCACUUUGGCCGACGUGGCAUGCUUCUCCUCUCUGCCAUCAUCACUGGACUGUCUUCACUCCUGCUGCUGGCCCUUACACCAUACCUGCAGGGUGGCCUGGUGCUGGUGCUCUCCGUUGUGGGUUUGUUAUUCUCUCAGGCUCUCGCCAUGCUCAGUGCAUUCUUCACCUGUGAGGUGAUGCCAACUGUAGUUCGAGGUGGCUGCCUUGGCCUGGUGCUGGCAUUGGGUUGCGUUGGCAGGGCCGCCUCCUCCCUGAUGGAGCUCCAGAACAAUGGUGGCUAUUUCCUCCAUCAUGUUGUCUUCGCCUCCUUUGCUGUCCUCUCCGUCCUCUGCAUAAUGCUCCUACCUGAAAGCAAACGGAAACCGCUCCCAGAUUCCAUGAAGGACGGCGAGAACCAGAGGCGACCACCCCUCUUCCUGUCGCAGCCCACCAGAGACAGCCUCCCUCUACUGCACACGCGUGCCCCUUUGUCGGAGUACAACCCAGAUAACUACUCCCGCCUGGUGUCCGCCACCAGGAAGAUGUUGACUAAAGACUCUUUGCCUUACAGGAUUGCUGUUCCUGCUCAUCCCCCUCUGCUGUCAAACAAUGAAACACAGGAUCCAGAAACUCUGAGAGAUGUUGUGUCUUAAAUUUAACCCUUCUCCUCCUCUUUACACUCUAGCUUGAGGGGAUGAGCCGAAAUGUUACCUCUGACAGGCUAUGAUAAGCCUUCAGUGGAAGGGUCGGUGACUAGCUCUUCAUAACUCAUCUGGAGAGCUGGAUGCACUUUAGAGAAAUGGCUCCAACUUUGUCAGUUUUCAUCAAUAUUUCCAUCUGGUCUCUUUACAUUUUGUUACUAUGCAGUGGCGUCUUCACGCAUGGAUCCAGUCCACCGCUGCGAGACGAUGGCCUCCUUUUGCUGUAUUUUGUCAGCCUUUUCUGAGAUGUAGGAAUAUGUUGGUACAUUCCCAGUGCAGCUGGGGUCACACUGCUCAUGUCUGUGGUAGGCAUUCAAAGCAAACUGGCACACUCCAGUGUUACCAGAGGAGCUCUCUGUCAUGUAAAGCCCUUUGUGUGCAUUUCUCAGUAACACAGGAGUUCUUCAUUAAGUCUGUCUGCCUGACUCACCAGCAGAUAGCAGUGCUGAGUGGGCUACAGAUCACCAGAGCACACAAGACUAUUCUUGUGAAGCACAGCAGGGGGCGCUGAAUGAUGUAAUGAAAAAUGAUAAAUUAUAGUUUGGGUUUUUUUUUGUGUUCUUUUUGUUUCCUGUGCAACUAACAAGCCUCAUUUGUCCCUUUGCUGAUGUUAGGAUGUGAUCAGUGUGGAUAAACACAACCAUUACUUUACCAUUACGUUUUUCUGUCUUCAUGCUCCCUCUAUAAACCACAUCUAUUACCAACUAUUGCAUUAAAAACUGUUCUGUUGUUUUCUACUUAAAAACUGGAAGUGGCUAAAUUUCAAGAUGCACUAACCACAGCAGCUGCUGAGCAAAAGCGCGUCUGUGUCUGGAGUGCUUCAGCUGAAACGCAACAACCUUGUGGGAACCAGUAGAGAUAUAUAUAUAUAUUUACAUUUUUCUUUUCUUUUUAAAAACGGUUUGUUUAAUGUUCUUUUAUGUUUACUAGUGUGGAUGUUAUACGUGUUUAAAGCCUUUAGUUUUAACUGUGAAAUGAGAUCAUGUCUUCAGCCGUCAGUGUCGUUGUGUGAUAGUUUACUGUUUGUGAAUACAUAACUUUACCUUCAGUGAGCAAACAAAGGUGCUUGUGUUGGAACUACAGUUGGUGAUGUAAGCUUUUAAAACCUAACGUUUUAUUGUUUCAUUGUAAAGUAAAAUGUGCAAAAGCUGAGUGUUAACUUUUUAAGGAAAAUAAUCUAAAUCAUUAUUUAUUUUUAUUUUUUUUACUUCUCUGUAAACCAAACUCAAAUCCACAAAACUUGUUUUAAAAAUGUUCAGUGAUGGUGUUUCUCUCUGUGAACACUAGAUGGCCCUGUUCACUUUACAAAACAAAGAAAUGUACUGCUUGGAGUGAAAAUGUUCAGGUGUGCGUACUCAGAUUAUAGUUGUGACUUCAUUAUUCAACCAGGAAAAAACCCUGUUUACAGUCCUGCCCAUAAAAAGGCGCCUUUAGUACUUUUUUUUUUUUUUUUUUUUUUUUUUUUAAAUG